GCGUGCAGCACGGAGCGGGUUUCACUGCUGCGCGUUAAUAAUGCACAACAACAGGAGAUAAACAACAACAACAACAACACGCUCAAAACACACCUGGCGGAUUGUUUACUCGCUCUAAAGCCAGCAGAGCGACUCGCACUUGGUGUGAGAAGGAUAAUUAAGGUCUUUAGUUUGCACUGAUCUGAGGAAUAUUUCACCUUCAUCCCAAUUAAAAUGCGAACGGAGGAGGUAUCGAGCACGAUGCUACACCGACUGAUCCAGGAGCAGCUGCGUUACGGAAACCCCACAGACGCUCGCACCCUCCUGGCCAUCCAGCAGCAGGCCCUACGGAGCGUCGUGAACAGAGGAGCCGGAAGCUCACGCUCCUCUUCUGACAGCCUCUCCCAGGAGGAGCGGCAGGAACCUCAGGGCCAGGAGCACCACGUCGACUUCCAGCACUUGGAAGCAUAUCUUCCCUACCACCACGAACAGCUGCCGACUUACGAGGAGGCCAAAGCAAAUUUGCAGCUCAUGAAUUCUCAGUGGUGCCAGGACAGGCAGGUUUACCCAGAGGAGGACCUGAAACCGGGUCACACCAGGUCGCUCAGUGAGCGUCUCACACAGCUCUCGCUGCUACGCAAAGACAUUAACGCAGCGUCGCUUUCCACAAGCUCUUCCUGUAGCUACUCACAGAUACCUAGACAGCAUCAUCUUGGCUUUCAGCCUCACUCAUCCACAUCUGGCUACACUCAUGAGUUCUACCCGAAACCUCCACCACCCUUCCACUCGCAACACACCAGAUAUGUCCCACCUGUGCCAUCCCCAGAAGCACGUCACGUUUUCUGCAGUGUGCCCCCUGCUGGCAGGGAGGUCUCCUCACAAAUGGAGCUACUCAUGAAGGAGAACGAGAGACUGAAGCAGGAGCUGGAAGGUCAUGCAGAAAAGGCUCUCAGGAUUCAGAAGCUGGAGCAGGAAAUCCAGAGGAUCUCGGAGGCCUAUGAUACUUUGAUGCAGGGCUGUGUGAAGAGAGAAGCACUGGAGCAGACACUCAGGAGCAAGCUGAUGGCUGAAAUUAAGAGGCUUCAGGACAUCAACACGGACCUGAGAGACAGUCUGGAGAGCAGCAGCGUUCAGGCGGUGAAAGACGUGAAAGUUGCUGAACAUAACGAGCAGCUCAUCACUAAACUCCGCAUGCAGAAUGAGGAGCAGAAGUUGCAGUGCGUGCGAUUGGAGCAGGAAGUGGAGCUCCUGCGUGAGGAGAAGAGCUCUGCGCAGGAGCGCAGCCGGCAGCUGCAGGCCGAGCUGCACAGGAAGACCGCCUACGUGGAGCAUGUGGAGCGUCUACAAGGGGCGCUGGCUCAGUUACAAGCCACCUGCGAGAAGAGGGAGGGCCUGGAGUUUCGUUUGCGCACGCGGCUCGAAGCGGAGCUGCGCACACUCAGGAACCAACAGAGGCAGACCCAAACGUGUCCCGCUGUCUCAGGUGUCUCUGCACCCUCGGCGAACGUGAGCACGCUACUGGAGCGCCUGAGGGAACGAGACGAACGGAUUUUGGCCCUGGAGGCUGACAUGACACGCUGGGAGCAGAAAUACCUGGAGGAGAAAACCAUGAUGGAGUUCGCCAUGGAUACAGCAGCCACCGCUGCAGCUCAGAGAGACACCACCAUUAUCAACAGCAACUCGCCCUGUCAUUCAUCGAAAAUCAGGUACAGUGGGGAUCUGCCUCAUGCUGAGAUCCAGAGCCAGGAAGUGGAGAACAGGAUCCGUGCUCUGCGUGGGCAGAUCAUGGAGAAAGACGCCAUGAUUAGCGUUCUUCAUUAUCGGCUCCAACAAGAACAGGAGAAAGAUGAAGAGGGUGAGGGGGUGUCUUCGGAUUGCCCCGCCCACCCUGACUCAAGCUCCUCCUACCAUAAAGGAAAGCGUGACGCAGAUGAGCAGACGUCGAGUUUAUCCCGUGUUGCUGAUGCGGUGUGUACGGUCAGAAGCCGGUCUGAGGCCACGACACACACGCCACCAACCGCAGGGCAAUUUUCCAGCAGUGUGGAAAGCAGCAAACAGAAGGCUGUGACUCCGUUUAAAGGUCUGGACAGUGUGGAAGCCGAGACUGUGGAAAUCUUCAUCUGAGUGCUGACAGGAACCCUGCGGAACCGUGAAAGUGGAAAAACAGGAGACCUGGAGGUGUCCUGAGGGUCACGGACUGCUCUCGAAGCUCAGCAGAUCUUUGAAGGAACUUUUAUGAACCGUGAUCUGUUUGAGGAAAGGUGAACAGUAUGGUGUUUUUCUGAGGAAUCGCUGAAGAGAUGACGUACAUGGAAAGACCGGAUUUGAGAUCGUUUGGAGUUCAGAGUAAUUUCCAACGCUGUGUUUCCUGUAAACUUAUAAAUCACAAAUCCUGAGUCAGUUGUUGUCUUGUAUCCAUCUGUGUGUGAAUAUUCACACGUCAACGUGUUGUGGCAACUUGUUCACCUAAAAGCGUCAGCCACAUGACCUCGGCCAACUUCUUAGCCCCGCCCCCUCGGCUCACUAAAUCCCCACCCAAAGAUGUUAAAAUGCAGUUUAUUUAUAAAAGUGUAAUUACUCUUAACGUUAAAACCUUCACAUAUUUAAGAACGUUUCAGUCUGAAUCUUUUUUUUUUUUCUUUCCCCUGAAAUGAAGGUCACACGCUCAUCGUUGAUCUCACCAUGUUGGAAUUCUUCUGUUGUGGUUUUCACAGCUCCACCUUUACUCUGCAUUCCUUUCGUUUUUCUUUCUCUCACGCUCUCUCUGAAGCAGGAGAAAAAACCCUGCGGUGUAAUUAGUCCUGAUGUAUAAUAAUGAUGAGGAUUUUACACAGACUUUUGGAAGUGUUUCUUCAUAUUUUCUGUUUGUGUGACGCAUCUGCUGGUCAGUGUGUUGGACACGGUCACACCAAGCUACUCUUUUUCUUCAUAGAUUUUGUUUACAGUGUUGUAAGAUUUAAUAUAUAUUUUUCUGUUUUUAUAUUAGUGGAUCUAAUACUAAAGCUGUUCAGUUCUUAUAACAGAUGUGAACGUUCUGGAACACUUCACACGUGUAUAAAUAAAUAAAGGUGUUAAUAUAUUUAA